AUGGCCCGGAGCGACGUAGCGCAGUCGCCACUUGAACAGCCCCCAGCGUCCGUCUCUGGUGCGAUCUCUCCAACGCCGGCGCCCCGAAGUAAACGCACGCGUAUAGCUGGCACCGCCUUCGGCGUCUCCUGCGCCCUCUUCAUUUCCGUGGCCACCUUCGUCAUUAUCUGGCUCUCGGUCCCGCUGGCUGCCAUGCGACGCCAUGACACCGCCCUCCGGGAGACGCCGUUUUGCUGCCCCCGCGAGGCGGCCGAACUGUUCGCCGUCAUCGACAACCAGGCGGCGCCUUGCGAGGACUUCUUCGCGUACGUCUGCAGCAAUGCCGUCGACCGAGACAUAAGGCAGCGGAACGCCGCGCACGACAUUUUGUGGGACAUCGAUACGCACAUCCUCACGGGCACCUCAAACUACAGUGUGAAAGCCGCUGCAGCACUUCAGGCGUUCUACACAUCAUGCGUCACGGAGAUAUGGCAGCCAGAUCUGCGACUGAGAGACAUCCUGGCGGCCGUUUUUGAAAUCGCCAACACCACGAAGCGCAUGAGCCCCGCCCAACUUCUGCGCUUUGCCUUGGAAGUCCAGACACGGUACGAUCUCCCUUUCUACUUCACUGUUUACGACUACCCCGGUAACAUCUACUUCACAAGGAAAUUGCUCCGAGUCGCGGCCUACAGACGUUUUUGCGACGACGCCUGUUAUUCCAACGCUCUGUCCGCAUUUAACGCGCACUUCGGCGAAAACUGCACGAAGGAGCAGAUAGCUGCGUGGGAGCAGCUGUUUACUGACGACCACACUAAACAGGACGUCAUCUCUUGGAACGAGCUUUCCGUGGUUUUCGGAGGCAUGGAAGCUGAGCAGUUCAAGGCCAUACUGCGCGAGUUUUUAAUAGACGUCGACACCAAGGACUUUGCAAUUGUGUCAUCCAAGCCGGAGCUGCUCGCCGACAUAGCGCGUCUUUGGAACGUCGCGAAUCAGCCCCUGUCGCUGUGUCACGCACUGAUCAUCGUAGCACUUAGUGCCCUGAAAUGGAUCGUCUUCGGAGACGCAGAGUUAAACUCGCCAGGGCUGCGUAGCGCAAAAGUCUGCCUGUUACACCUCCGCGAAAACCAGCAGUUGUGGAGGGCCACUUACGUCGCGGCCCUCACGAGCCCCGACAAGGACCGCCAACUACGCAAAAUCUUCGAGGCGACACGGCAGAGCAUCGUCGGUUACCAGCCGCUUCGAAAACUCGUGGCAACCGGAAACGACACCGCGAACUUCGAGAAACUAACACGGAGCUUCACUCUCAUGCUUCCGGGUGACCUCGUCCUGCCGGAAAUGGGCGUGCCCGUGUUGAACAACAGCGGUUUCGUGCGCAACAUCUUCCGCUCGAAGAGCUUCGAGUACGACGCAACAGUUGAGAAGGAGCGACGAGGGAUGCCCGCCCUCGCCGAGAGUUUCCUGGAAUCUGCGGCAGAACGAAUGCUGUUUGUAAACAAGACCACUCUCUACGUCAGUGCGCCAGCGUACGCCUGGCUGAGCAACGGUACUGCCAAUCCUCUACUCGCGGAUGCGCCGGUGAUUGCGAGCCGCAUGGCGUAUUGGAUGUGGAGCAACGUCCGCGAAUGGAGUGGCUGGUCAGCAAGGACACAGAGGGCGCUACGUUCCUUUCAGGAAUGCGUACAGCAGUCGGAGAGGCUGUCCAUGUACGACGACGACGAAGAAGACCUGUUUGCACGGACCAUUGGCCUGCGGAUCGCAACGAAUGUCGCAGCCGCGAGCUUUGCCGGCGGGGAUCUCGCGAGGACUGAGUGGUUCCGAAAGAAACUCGCCUGGAGUCUGUACUACAUGUCCGAGGCGCAGUUCUUCUACGCUCGUUACGCCUACUUCCGAUGCAGCGGAGACAACAGCCGUGGUUCGGUGAACGGACCUACCAAGCACAGCGCCGACUUCUCCAUCGCGUUCCAAUGCCAGCCGAUGAGCAACGUCGGGAACGAGAGCGGCUGCUCCGACUUCGCCACGACUCGCGGCACAUUGUGACAUCCAAGUGUCGUUGAUAUAUUGUUUGCCAGCAUAAUUUUGAGGACUAGCGCAAGCCGCUUCUUCUGGCUACCACCACACAACAUUACAAAUUUCGUAAUAUUUUUGAGCUACUCAAACUUGAGAACAUGUUUUUGCCUCUUCUGGUUGCGCUCAAUCCAGCGAAUCUGUUUCCUGAGGACGCGAACUUCCAUCGUCAUUCGAAGAUUCCUCGACUUUAACUCAUUCAGCAGCGUAGCCUAGUGACCUAACAUUUUUUUUUUGCUACUGAUUAAGUUUGAAUAAUCAGUCUCCAACCAUCUUUCGACAUUUGUCCUCUUGCGAAAGUGCCUUGAGAAUAGGACAGUUUGGGGACAUUGUCAUUUGGGCCACGUUUUAUACCAUUUGCUUUAACGUUUUCGUAAGCUUCCGAGAAAACUCCCGAAUAUCUCCAAUUCACACUCAUUUGUGAAACUCACCGAUUUUUCUUGAUGUUGACUACUUGCUCUCUCUGUUCGACCUGAACAGAAUUAUGUUCUUGCAUAGUUACUGUCCUGGGGAAUUCAGACAGCAAAAAAAAAAAAAAGUACAUAAAGUCGCAAACCAGAGCCCAACAUGACGAUAGCUUGCAAAACAACAAAAAUGACGUCAUGACAGGAGUGACGACGCGACGACUACAAUGAUAACAAAACUACAAUGUCUCUAUGAGCACAGAAAUAAAGACUAUGCAAUGGCACAAAGACAGAACGGACCCCGCGGUGUCACGUAUUAUCGUGGUGUUCAUGGAUUUUAAGAGAGACAUAGUGAGUCGUCCCUGCACCAAUUACACGAUGAGUGAAUGAAUUUAUUUCAAAAAGGACAGCACGCGACCAAAUUGGGGAAAGGGAAGAUGGGCUAAGAAAGGGGAAGCGAGAGCUGGCACUCUGGAUCUGCAACAUAUUUCCUCUCACAUUAUUGCGAUAGAAAUUAUAUGUACACUCCUCGCGCACUUUUGCCGUCGCCGUGAUGUUCGGUAUAAACUGCAUGUCUAAAGAUACCGUUGCCGCGUGUCGUUUACUGUACGAGACAGCGAAAACAC